UCUGCGAUUUUGUACGCUUAUUUACUUCCUUCAUCACAACUUUCCAAUUUAGUAGUACAGUAUCGGGACGUCUAUUUAUAGAGAAACUGGCUCUUAAGUUAACCGAUUUAUAACACUAAAUAUGUACAUGAUGUGUAUCGCAAGAAUUCAUUCUUUGUGUAAUAUCUACAUCAUAUCAAAGAUCAGUUCAUGAGGAAAAGGAGAAGUAAACAUUAUUUUAGAGCUUUAUCUAGAGCUUCCUGUUUUUAUCAGAUUAAAUUUAGUCCUAACAUUACAAACUCAAAGAAAGCUGAGGAACUUGAACAAGGUAGAAAAGGGUGUAGCUGUUGGUUUCAAUUAGGAAGAAACUUGGGGCAGACAAAGUGGUAAAAAGAGAAUUGCCAUUUUACCAUGGGAAAUUUGUUAAAGAUUCUGUUGCGAGAUGAAAACGCAUCCUCAAACAAAUAUGACAUUUUUGUAGAUUUUGAAAGUGUUCAGCCAACCGAUGAAGAGAAAGAAGUGUGGGAGAAAGUACAAGCUGUUCUAAAUGAGAGUCAAACGAUAUUACAGGAUAUACAACAGUAUACAGGGGCCACAGAAGAUAUCAAACAGGCCAUCAGUAAUCCAACAAACGAUGCUUUCCAGGAGAAGGCUUGGCUGGCAGUUUGUCCAUUGGUAGCCAGAUUAAAGAAUUACUUUGAAUUUGCUAAUAAAUUAGAACACACUGUCCAUGACUUGUUAGAGGUGCUAUGUUCCAUAGAUAAAACUCCCAGGGAACAUUUAGAGACUCAGCAAGCUUGUUUUAAACAGUUCGCUCAGAUUUUAGACUUUGUUCUUAGAUUUGAUGAUACAAAGAUGAUAAACCCAUCAAUACAGAAUGACUUCAGUUAUUACAGACGAACGUUGAGCAGGAUGAAGAUGGCAAAUGAAGUUCCAAUUUCACAUGACGUAAAAGCUACGGAUGACAACAAGGGAAAUGAGAAUGUCGUGUCAAAUGAGAUGGCCAAUCGAAUGUCCUUGUUCUAUGCCCCCGCCACCCCCAUGCUGAAGGUGCUUGGUGAAGCCACCACCAAGUUUGUGUCCACGCACAAAGAGCUUCCUGUAGAGAACACCACCGACUGCCUCAGUACCAUGGCCAACAUCUGUCGGGUCAUGAUAAAUACGCCAGAGUACGUUGCCAGAUUCCAAAACAGUGAAACCAAAUUGUUUUGUCUACGAGUAAUGGUGGGAGUAAUAAUCCUGUACGACCAUGUUCAUCCUGUGGGAGCUUUUGCUAAAUCUUCUAAUAUAGAUAUCAAAAGUUGUAUCAGGGUACUGAAAGAACAAGAGCCGGGAAGGGUGGAAGGCUUACUAAAUGCUUUAAGAUAUACAACAAAAACAUUAAACGAAGAGACAACACCAAAAGCGAUCAAGGCCAUGCUUGCAGGCUGAGCUAGUGUUUUAUACCUAGAAAACCAAUGCUUUAUAUUAAUGUACUGCGAAUUUCUUGAGUGAGAUUGUGUGACGUUGUGUUUGAUAACAUGUCGCGUGUGACUGAUGAGUGACAGGAGUGGUCUGUUAUGUUUUUUUUCUACUGCUAAUGUGAGUUGUUGGCAGCUGAUGUUUUAUGUAUAUUUACAUACAUGAGAGUCAUAGCAAAUUGUUACCGGAACAGGAAUUUUGUGUGAAAAAAAGAGGCAAAAAAAAAAUUCUAUAGUUUCAAAACAUUCAGCUGCAAACAGCUUUAUGUAAUUGACAGCACAUUUCCGCAAGUUAUUGUAUUGGUAUAUAUGAUUCAUUCCUACGUGAAUAUCUUGGGUUGGGGGGUAAUUAUUAUUGCCCUUUACCUUUAUAUAAAACUGCCUGAUAAUUUUUUUUUAUCAAAUCAAAAUAUUAUUGCACUGUAUAUUAUUUAUUUAAAAAAAAAUAAUUACAUGUAUCCUAUUUGUGCUUUAUAAUCAUUCACUGGAGUUGUGCUAAAUUCAAUAUACAUGUACAGUGCAUAUUCCAGAAACAAGUAUUCUAAAUCUGCAGUUAAAAUUAAAAACCUUCCUGUUUAAUCAUCUAUUUCUGGUGAACACAAUUUUUUUCCUGUAUUACCUGGAGAGAGUUUUGAAAAACACCUUUUUGAAGGAGCUGGCUUCUGCUUAAUAUUCAUCUCUUUAGAUCUUUUGUGUACUUUUAAUGUUUUGUGAUACUUCUUAUUCUUUUUAUAGAAUUUUCAUAUACUAACUGUUAAGGGCGAAUUGGGGAGAAAUACAAUGUAUAGUGCUAUUAUAAAUGUUUAUUCAAGUCUUUGUUAACAGCUCAGUUUUUCUCCUUCUGUAAUUUGGAGCAUGGGAAACAGGGUUGGAUUAGAUUUAGUCAUAAUUAUUAAUAUGUGAGUACAAACAACAGUAUAUAUAUCAAGGAGAGAAAGUUAUCAGCUAGAUGUACCAAAAAUAUGACAUUUUUUGUUUCUUUGUUAUAUAAAUAUUAUAUAGUUUAUCUCUUUAAAUAUUAAAUAAUUUCAGGUACUAUGGGUUAUUGAUGUUGACAAUUAAUUCUUCCACUGAGAUAUAGUUUACUGUAAUUUUACUAGACAAGUGUUAAAUAGAAAUAUGAAAUUACAAAGAUUUGCUUCAUAAGGGAUGAAAUAAGAGUGGCAUACUUCUGUGUAAAUUGAGAAUAUAUUUGUACAUGAUCCUCUUUGAUUUAUAAAUCAUUUCUGAUGAAAACGUAUCUGCAUCUCAACAGUAUAACAAUAUAAUACAUUUCUGUCCUCAACUUAGUUAUCGAAAUGUUUUUCUUACCCUUUCUCAAAGCCAUGACAUAAUAUUGCAAUAAUUGUUCUUCAGAAACUGUUUGUCUUAGCUGUAUCGUAAGUGUAAAGAAUUGUUUGAAUUUUAUAAAAGAAUUGAAGAUUUAGAAUCCUUCGUUUAGCUAAUAGCCAGGGAGAUGACAAUUAAGCUUCUGAAGAACAUAUCAUUUCUGUGCUUCAACAAAGUAAGACGUAGAGGGCCUCUAUACUUAAUUAAUGGUCAAAAUUGUAUAUUUAUCAUUUAUAUUCUGUGAAAAACUUAACCAACAAAGCCAUAUUCUGUAUAUUGCACUUGAUGUAUUAUAAAAAGUUUGAAACAUUCCAGUCUCAGCAUAUCCUGUACUGCAUUUGUAAAGUUGUAUUAAACAUGAUGAUAGCAGGGUGUACCCAUGUAUUUUUGAGAAAGAGAUGUGUUACUUAGAGAGCUGCAUAUAAUGUAAAGUUUGUAUUACAGUGACUUUGUUUGAAACUUUUUCAUACACCAUGCAGUAUAGUAUUGCAUUGAUUAAAAAAAAAAUAGGCCAAUGCUUUUCUUUUAUUCUGUGCUGUGCAGAAAUGCUUGGAAUCAAAGACUGAAUUUGUAAACCAUUUUACAUUAUGUUAUUAAUAAGCAUUGCAAAUUAUUUAUGCAAAAAUGUGCAUGUUAAUUAUAUUGUUUUAACCAGUGAUGCUAAACGUCUUUAUAACUGUAAACUGGGCCGAGCUCUUGAUUUUAGUGUUGCCAUAAAACAAACAGAAAAUCAUUUAUUUAAUGACAUAAAUUUAUGUGUUUUUAUACCUGUAUUCUAUGUAUUGUAAUUCAUUUCAUUUAUUAUCUUCUAGAAUACAUGGCAUUCACUGUGAAAGGUGUAUUUGUUUAUGUUAGAGAAUUGUGUUGCAAAAAUUAAACUGGCCAAAACAAAGGGAAAAAAAUUGAAAAAAUUUAUUAUUUUAUAUAGAUCAAUGACAAUAAAUGUUUUAAAAAACUU